AAACACAAGUGCGCAUGCGCUGAUUCAGUAAAUAAUCAUGAUAGGUAUUUUGCUGUUGUAUGCGCUGUAUCCCCUGGCUCGGUUCUUGUUCCGUCAACCGUCAGAGACCUCAAAGAAAAGUGUUCUUGCUUCUGUGGCCGUUAAUGGCACAACGGUGUGGGAUGGUGAUACCGAACCCCGAUCUGGAUCAAACAUGCAGGAUCAGAGUGAAGAGCCGAAAGAAAGGUUAGAAGAACCGGUCCUGCAGGAGGACGCCACACGUCCCAGCCUGGAUGAGGAGUCAGCUGUCCCGCAGGAGAGAAGCAAUGAUGCAGCCACGGAGAUGACCGAGGCGCUGCCUGCGGCGGCCGAGGACGGAGAAGGUCCCGGAACAGAUGAUGACGUCACGCACGGGGAUCGAAGCGAGGAAGAGCAAAGCACGUCUUCAGGUGAUCGGGUCGGUGCACAGCGAGCGGUCGUAGCUCCGUCAACAUGCCUGACGGCGGAGGGAGGCGUUCAAGAAACCCACUGCCCUGAGGACAAUCGAAGCCGGGCUGAAAACCCUGAGACGUGUGUCAUGUCUGCUGAGGAUGUGCUCAGAGUGUCCAACGCUGGCGAGUCGGAGACCCCAGAGGCAGCUGCGUCUGCAGAGGCCGAGUGCUGGGACGAGUAUGGCGCGGACUUAUCUGCUGGUGAAGCCGGUAGUUCUGACCUCGAACUGCACGCCCUGCUCUUACACUCCCAGAAUUAUCUUCAAUCUGAUGAACGAGGUGAUGCACAAACCGGCUGGCACUUUCCUUUAGGACACGAUCAAGUUUCCUGCCCCACGUGGAGCUUUCCUGCUCCGAGUUAUUACACCACCGUGGAGCCGACAGCGCCCUUUGACGUGAUGUGGAGAAUGUGGGAGGAGGCGGACGCUGCUUCCGAGAGCGUCUUGACGGCGUCCCCAUCAGAAAAAGCCUCUGUGGACUUCACUGUCAUGUCCUACAACAUCCUCGCCCAAGACCUUUUGGAGUCCAACCAGCACCUGUACGCACACUGCCCCCUGGAGGUGCUGCAGUGGAGCUACCGCUUCAGCCUGCUUUUAAGCGAAAUCGAAAAGUGGGCACCAGACGUCUUGUGUCUGCAAGAGGUUCAGGAGAACCACUACCACGAACACCUGCACCCUGCCCUGUCUCAGAUGGGCUACACCUGCGUGUACCAGCGGCGCACGGGGACCAAGACGGACGGCUGCGCCGUUUGCUAUCAGAGCGCGCGCUUCGCCGCCGCCGCCGCCUCCAGGCUGGAGUUCUUCAGGCCCGAGACCAAGCUGCUGGACCGGCACAACGUGGGCAUCGUCCUGCUGCUCCGGCCGCUGGUCGCCGGGGGAGCCGAGGUCAGGGAGGCCGGGCCGCCGCUCUGCGUGGCCACCACGCACCUGCUCUUCAACCCCAGGCGAGGCGACGUGAAGCUGGCCCAGCUGGCGAUAAUGCUGGCAGAAAUCGACGCCACGAUAAAGUCCUGCAAGGCCAGAGGGGAGCACUGCAACGUCGUCUUCUGUGGAGACUUUAACUCGAUUCCCCACAUGCCUCUGUACCAGCUGAUCACCACCGGCGAGCUCUACUACCAGGGUUUACCCACGUGGAUGGUUUCAGGCCAGGAGGACCUUUCUUACAAGCUGAGUUAUCACAGGCUGCUGGCGCCUCUGUGGCCCAGCUCUCUAGGGAUCUCCGACACCUGCCAGUACAUCUCCGAGUGUAAAGCUCAGAGCCAAAAUCCAGAGACCCGUCAGUACACGCACGAAUUCAUGCUGCAGCUCCGCUACUGUCCAGCCGCUUGUGUUCGUCCUCAGAACCUGAUUCUGAUUCCGGGAGUGACUGACAACGAGCCAGACGCCUCAGGGGACGUUCAAGACUAUGAGAAAAGGUUCAGAGACCCUCUCAGACAUCGGGUGGACCUGGAGUCUGUCUAUAAACACGUCCUUCCUGGUUCUGGCACUCCAGAAGUCACAACCUUGCACUCGGAGGGCGCAGCUACCGUUGACUACAUCUUCUACUCUCCAAAACGCACCUUUAGCAAAGAUCAAAGAGCUUGUAAAAAGCCAGCAGAAAAAGGUCUGAAGCUCCUUGGUUCUCUCUCGCUCCCAUCUGAGGACCUCUUGUGGUCACUAAACGGACUUCCCAACCACAUAUUCCCCUCGGAUCACCUCAGUCUGGUGGCCCGAUUCCAGCUGGAACUUGACAAUGAUGCGUGAAAAAAAAUAUUAAGUACGUUUAUGUUGAGUUUUAAAAAUCGACUUGUUUUUUGAGUGUGGAAAUAUUGUGCCAUAAGGUUCAUAACGCGUCUUUGUAGUUCUUUUUAUUAUGUUUUUGUAUAAAAAAUAUUGUGCAGUAAUAAUGGCAAUGCGGGUUAAAGUUUAAAUUAACAUUUUUCAGUGUCUGGAUGUGUAUAUAAUUUAAGAGCUGGGAUUGUGGCCUGAACAUCUGUUCUCUUUAGUGGGCAUGCGUGUGUGUGAUUAAAGUCUGAAUGUAAAAACUU